GGGCCAGCACUCGUUGGACUGGACGAAAAGGGGACGUUACAAUUCUCGGGAGGGGCACUGAAAUUUGGGAGUCUCCCGGGAGGUUUGGCAAGUAUGACAAUUAGCGGUGUACCGCGGCACCGCCGCUGUAUAUGAUCGGAGGGCCAGCUCUAGUGUUAAUUUGAUAUCGCCUCACGGGCCAAGUGAAAUUACACGGCGGGACAAAUUUGGCCCGUGGGCCAGAGUUUGACAUCCAUGCUUUAGCAUAUCAGUAUGUGGAAUUAAAUUAUGGAAUGGAUUAACCAAAGAAAUCAAACAAAGCACCAAUAUUGUGACGAUCUGUCACUUCAUUUCUGUUUGUUUCUGUGUUUUGUAUUUACUUCCCAUCAGUGCUCUUAUUUUGUUUCCAUUUCCUGUUUGUCCCGCAAAGCACUGUGGUUCUUCCCUCACCUGCUGUUGAUUGGCAGCUGGUCCACACCUGUUGCCAAUCAACAUGUCUCUCUUUAUGUCUGUCUCGAGCACUCUUCAGUGCUCGAAGAUUGAAUUAUGUUUGGACCUGUUAUGCACGACUGCUUCACUUUCUGUUUUGAGUAAAUUAAAACUCAUCUUACCUGCACGCCGUCUGCUGGUUCCUGCAUCUUGGGGUCACAACAAUUGCAGCCAUAUGACAGUGAGCCAGUGGACAGCAUGUACGACACAGAGGCCGACCUCCCGGGCUUGGCGGCGGGCGGCAUUUGCGCCGACAGUCCGGAAGACGACGCCGAGGACGGCGUCCUCAACAUGUCCCCCCUGCCCUCCCCUAUCCCUUCCCAUCCAAACAACAACAACAACCACCACCACCACCUGUUGCACCCCCACAUCUACAGCAGCAGCCACCAUCACCUCCACAACAACAGCAGCAGUAGCAAUGACCAGGACUUCACCACGCCCAAGGAAGGCUCGCCCUACGAGGCGCCCGUCUACAUUCCAGACGACAUUCCGAUCCCCGGCGAUCUGGAGCUGCGGGAGUCUUCGGUGCCGGGCGCCGGCUUGGGCGUCUGGGCCAAGACCCGAAUCGGCGUCGGCGAGAGGUUCGGUCUGCACAACGCUGGCAAAAGCAGCUCCUAUGGAUGGGAGAUGAUGAAUGACCACGAAGACGCAUCCCCUGACAGCUGUGUAAAAAAGGUGGUGGACGACAUGGGCAACAUCAAGUUUGCUCUGGACACAGGCCCGGACGCCCCUGGCAACAGCUGGCUCAAGUAUGUCCGCUCCGCCCCCUCGUUUGAGGAGCAAAACCUCGCCGCUUGCCACCUCACCGGAGACCAGUUUUAUUAUAAAAGUGUCCGGGACAUUGAGGCAGGGGAGGAGCUUUUAGUUUAUAUGAAGGACGGCAUUUUCCCGGAGGGAUCCAUGGCGCCCAACUUACAAGAUGAGCAGAUGUACCGCUGUGAAGACUGCGAUGAGCUGUUCUCCUCCACGCUGGAGUUGCGGCGGCACCAGAAGUACUCGUGCACCAGCGCCGGCUCCAUCUUUGACACCCUGAGAGAAGACUUCAAACAGGAGCGGGAGGACAGCGAUGAGCCCAUCCAUGAGUGUAAAGACUGUGAGAAGAUCUUCCCAAAUGAAUACAGUCUGGGCCAACACAUGAUAGUCCACACGGAGGAGAGGGAGUACAAAUGUGACCAGUGUCCCAAAGCCUUCAACUGGAAGUCCAACCUCAUCCGUCACCAGAUGUCACAUGACAGCGGCAAGCGCUUUGAGUGUGAAAAUUGUGAUAAGGUACAGCACACCCGGCACGUGUUCACAGAUCCCAGCAACCUACAGCGUCACAUCCGCUCCCAACAUGUGGGGGCGAGAGCUCAUACUUGUCCUGAAUGUGGAAAGACCUUCGCCACCUCAUCAGGGCUCAAACAGCAUAAGCACAUCCACAGCAGUGUCAAACCUUUUAUCUGCCCUGAUGGGCUGCGUCUUCUUGUACCCCCAGGUGAGGUGUGCCACAAAUCCUACACCCAGUUCUCCAACCUCUGUCGCCACAAGCGCAUGCACGCUGACUGCCGCACUCAGAUAAAGUGUAAAGACUGUGGCCAGUUGUUCAGCACUACCUCUUCCCUAAACAAGCACCGCCGCUUUUGCGAGGGCAAAAACCAUUACGGCUCUCCAACGGGGAUGUUCAAUCCCGGGAUCCCCAUGAGCUCCAGCCCUAUCAUUGCUAAGGCUAAGUCCCACCACCCCCACCUUACUGGUCUGAACCAGUCAGGUUUAGGCUUCACUGACUACUUUCCUUCCAGACCUCACCCUCAUGCUGGCUUGCCCUUCUCGCCAGGACCUCAUGGGUUCCCAUCCCUCCCUCACGGUUUCCCAGGCAUCUUUCCCCCCUCGCUUUAUCCACGACCGCCCUUAUUGCCAGCGAGUUCUAUGAUGAAGACGCCCCUUGGCAGCAGCACUCAAGAGGUCAAGCUCCCUCAGAGUCCUCUAGACGGCCCUCCUUUGUCCUUGGUUAGCUCCACAAACAGUAAUGGAGGCAACAGUAAAAGCCUGGCUGAGGACAAAGAUAGUGAGACUAAACUGGAUGUAUCCUCUGGUGGAGAGGCGAAACCCAAAUCCAAGAUGGCAGACAUUUCAGAUGGCAGCGACCUCGAAGACGUCAAUACCACAAGCGGAACGGAUUUGGACACGACAACUGGUACGGCCUCCGGCGAUGGUUCCGACUUGGAGAGCGAUGGAGACAGUGAACGUGAGCGCAACGGCAAAAGAAGGAAGUCAUCCGUGGCCCUAUCAAAUCAAGAUGGACACCGCUUAGACGACACCAACAGCACAGUGUUACCAGCUGUGUCCAGUUCAGGCAAUCUCUCCAUCGAUCGUCCCUUUUUGUCCUCUGCAUCAACGCAGCACUCUUUUUUCCCUCCUCCUGACGAGCAAGCGCUCCCGCCCACCACCAUGAAUCCUAACGCGGCCACUGAUUCCAUCAAAGCCAUUGCUUCUAUUGCUGAGAAAUACUUUGGUCCAGGUUUUAUAGGCCUCCAUCAAGAGAAGAAGAUGGGUCCAUUGCCCUACCACUCCAUGUUUCCCUUCCAGUUCCUACCCAAUUUCCACAACUCCCUUUACCCAUUUAGCACAGAUCGAGGUGCCCUCACCUCUGGCCUGUUCUUUAAGGGGGAGCCUAAGUCACCUUGUGAGCAACUGCAUAAGAUGGUUUCUGGUGCUCUUGGUGCUGCAUCGGCUCCGACGGGAGAAUCACCAUUUGAUCUCAGCACAAAGCCCAAGGAGAGCAAGUUAUCUCCUCCAUCUCCUAGUAAACCCUCAAAUCCAAACACUAAUACUGGGAGCAGCAGCGGUCCUUCAAUACUAUCAAGCGGUGAAGAACAACCGCUGGACCUCAGCAUUAACAGCCGAAGCCGAGUGGGUCACAAUGGCAUGGCGCCCGAACCCCACGGUCAAAACAACCACGUCUACAGAGUUGGAAAAGGGGUGUCGAUCAAGGAUGAAGCUCUCGGCUUUCCACAUGCCCAUUCCCAGUCACUGCACCAGUCCCCUAUGGCACCUCACCAGCUACCGCAAGCACAUCCACACCAACCGCCGCCUCUACACUACGCCAAACCCUCCGCCUUCUUCAUGGACCCCAUUUACAGCAGGGUGGAGAAGAGGAAGCUACUUGACCCUGUAGGAGCUCUGAAGGAGAAGUUCCUUAGGCCCUCACCUCAACUUUUUCAUCCACAGAUGUCUGCCAUGGAGAGCAUGACAGAAAAACUGGAGAGCUUCGGUGCCCUGAAACUGGACGUCCCGCCCAACUCGCUGCAGCAUUCAACUCACCCACUCUUCAACUUCCGCUCGCCCCCGCCUUCACUCUCGGAAGCAAUCCUCCGUAAGGGCAAGGAGCGCUAUGCCUGCAGGUACUGUGGGAAAAUCUUCCCCCGCUCGGCAAACCUCACCAGACACUUGCGAACGCAUACAGGGGAACAGCCAUACAGGUGUAAGUACUGUGACCGCUCAUUCAGCAUCUCGUCCAACCUGCAACGCCACGUUCGCAACAUCCACAACAAGGAGAAACCCUUCAAGUGUCACCUGUGCAACCGCUGUUUCGGUCAGCAAACCAACCUGGACCGCCAUCUCAAGAAGCACGAGCAUGAGAACAUUCCUGUGAGCCAACAGUCUGGGAUGCUUUCCAACUUAGGAACCACCGUCUCCUCGCCAAACUCCGAGCCAGACAAUCAUGCACUUUUAGAUGAGAAGGAGGACUCGUACUUCUCAGAAAUCCGUAACUUCAUUUCCAACAGUGAGAUGAACCAGGCCUCCAGCUCUACGGACAAGAGACCUGACCUGGCGGAGGCAGACGGGCACCACCCGGGGGCCCGCACCUUGUCCAACUCCAAGCUGGCCCUUCAGGGUCUGGAGGAGGAGGAAGACGAAGUGGAGGGCGACGACGAGGAGGAGGAGGAAGGCAGCCUGACGGAGAAGUCCCACGACGAGGCGCCCGAAUCCCCGUCUCCCGUCGCGGCGCGCGUGUAUGAAGAAGAGGAGGACGAGGAAGAUGCGGCUCCUUUAUCGAUGAGCUAUGAACACUCUCACAGGCUUAUGCAAUGAUGCUGUCUCUCUCGGACAACAACCCUUUGCACGCGCCCUCCCAGAACUCUCUGGACGCUUGGCUGGGCAUGGGAGGCGGACCGUCUGAGACGAGCAGCUUUCACCCGCUCAACCACAUCUAGAAGAAGAGAGAGCGAGGAGGUCGGUGUACAGGAGGCGCAGAGUUGGACAUGAGUAGUGAGAUUUCACGCGGAGAGCGGAGAUUUCACGCGGUCGAGGUGUGUGUGUGUGUGUGAGAGAUGUGUGUGUGUGUGAGAGAGAGAACUAGGAGAGAGACAGAGACUCAAUAAGAAAGCACUGCUAAAGCUCCUGUUGAUGUGAAGGACAUAGACGACGAACGCUUCUCGGAUCCUCCCCAAGUCCAAAAAACCCCAACAAGUGUCCCCUGGGCACCGUAGAGGGUCACGUGACACUUAAAUGACUGCCCUGUCACUAAAGGCCCAGUUUGUGUGUGUGUGUGUGUGUGUGUGUGGGUGUAAGAAGAAAAAAAGCACUGCAGCAUUAGGACUGCAUGUCCACAAGAGGGUGCUGUUUCACACCAAGUGACACUAAAAGAGGACACUUUUGGCUCCUCCUCCUCCUCCUUCUCCUCCAUCCCCCUUUAUUGAUCACUUGUGACUGCAGAAUGAGCAACAGAACCACGGGGAAUGAACACACACAAAUUGAGUGUUUGUUUUCCAACUUGAUCAUCCACAAAUCACCUUGAGGACCCCCCCCGUCCCAUCUUCAUCAUCUCAUGUCACUCAAAAGAAAAAACAAAUGAUUUCCUUUGCAUAGACGCCACAGUAUUGUUUCUUUUGUAGGCACCCGCCGUGCUAAAUUAUUAAUAUAAUUGUUUUAGACAAGGACCAAAAUUGUACAUGAUAAUGUCAUAUAGUAGCUGUAGCGAGGGUGACAUGUGCCAAAAUAACCCGUAGAAAAUGUUUUGUUUUUGUUUUUCUGACAAUCAUUUCAGUUCCUUUUUUUUUUUUUCUUUUUUUUUUGCUCCAAUAUAUUUGAUUUCACAAGUGUG